AUCACUACUGCCAAAAUGUGGCAAUUUGAAAAAAAAAAGGCAACUGAAAUGAGAACGCCUCAGAAUGAAAUGCCCGACAAGGAGGAGAGCUUCAGCAAAAAGUCCUUGUCGUUGCGUUCUUUGUCCGCGAUAUCCUUGCACAAAACUGGUCAGCGGCUGGACGACGGAGUAGCCGAGUGGCUUUCCCUUAAUAUUAAGGAAGACAUUAAAAACCUGCUAAACGAGGCGGGAAAAUACAUGCGACGCAUCCGGGAGCGCCGGUUGAACCUGUCCCACAUCCAGCAUGCUGUCCGAAUGGACGACAACCUGUGCCCUGACAUUUUUUUCAGGCUGAUCCAUUGCGACGAUUGCACAAGGCCUCUGGCCGAAAAUGUACCCAGAACCGUCGGCGAGGCUGUAACUACCGAAAAUGAGGAUAAACCUCUCGAUGUCGUGCCAGAUUCCGCACCGGAGAUUUCUUUGGAGCCGGCUCCCGUCCACUCCGGCUGGCUAAAAGUGGAGCAGGUGCUGCUAAAUCCCUGGAAGAGCUAUCCGCUGACCAAGGAACAGCAGUCCUUCUUCGAGUUGGUUACCGAGGCCUGCAUGGGCAUAUCGGAAUCCCGGCGCCAGCGGGCCCUCCAAACUCUCUCUACUGAUCCGUCGCUAGAGGUGUUGCUGCCCAGGCUGAUCACGUUCAUCGCGGACGCAGUGGCUAUCAACGUUACCCAGCAGAACUUGUCGCUGCUCCUUUACCUUAUGCGCAUGGUCAGAGCCGUUUUGGGAAACCAUCGCUUCAGCUUGUUGCAAUAUCUUCACCUGCUCCUGCCGGCCGUUCUUUCCUGCCUGUUGGCUAAACAAGUGUGCGCAUCUCCUGACGUGGAGGAUCACUGGGCCUUGAGGGAAUACUCCGGAAACAUAAUGGCCCAUAUAGGACGCCAGUUCAACGCUGCCGACAACAGCAUCCUGCCCAGAGUCAUUGGGGUUUACAAAAAGGCGCUGUUGAUGAAGCCACUGACGACGGUCUUUGGAGCAGUCAUUGGCCUGGGAAAGAUGGGGAAUUACGCAGUGCGCGCCUGCAUUGUGCCUCAAUUAAAGUAUCUAUCUGAACACAUCCAGCCACACAUGACCGCCAGUAAUGGCUCUUCCAGCUCCAGCCUAGACAAACAGGCAGCUAAGUACAUUCGCCAUCGGGUGGUGAAGAUGUGCACUCCCGUGCUGAUGAGCUUACAUCAACCACCGGAUCUGCCGGAACAGUAUUUGGACAAAUAUGGAUCUUUGGGCCCACCGUUGAGCGAUUCCGUCAUCGUGACGCGUAUGAAGUUACAAGCAGUGGCUGCAGCCAAGGCGGAAGCAGAAGUGGCGCUAAGAAAAAUGGCUGCAGAACACCAUUACUCCAGAGUGGCAGGAGCUCGACAUGUCGGCUCCAACGGUCUUAUCCCUGGCAGCCAGCUGCCCAGCAAUGGUGUUCGUCACACGAGCCAAGCAUCGCAAUCAAUUCUUUCUAUGAAUGGACAAACCGUCAAUACCCCGACGAAAAUUCCAUGCAAUCCAAUGCUUCAGUAUCAGAAGCAGGCCAUCGUUUCCAAGCCAUCGGACUUCGUGGUUCCUCAAUCGGUGCAAUUCAGAAACGUUGUUAUCCCGCCCACUUCCCAGCGCUCCAUUUCGCCAUCCAGGAACGGAAUAGUUUUAAAGCCAAACAACUUUGUGUUAUUCCACCCUUCAUAAAUGGAUUUGUUCCUACGCCAUGCAAUAAUGGCAGAAUGUCCAUUAAUUACUUACUUCAAUAGCCGAUCUCUGUAAAAAUACUUAUAACUUUGAUAUUAAUAAGCUUUUCAUUUUAAUUUUAAUUUUUUUGCGGUCCUUGAAAGGCCUUGAAGCCUUAAUAAAAACAUCAA